GGUGAAGUCUUGGGCAGAUGCCUUUAGUGGGGAGCUGUACUCCAUUGUGACUAAGUAUUCAGGCUCUCUCCUGUUGCAAAAGAAGUACAAAGAUGUGGAGCCAACUCUGAAGAUCAAAGAGGUGGAUGGCUUGGAGCUGGUGAAGAAGUUCUCAGAGCAGAUGGAAAGCAUGCUCCGAAGGAAGGUUGAAGCUGUUGAGAGGUUGGUGGAAGCAGCAGAAGAUGCAGAUCUGAACCACGAGUACAACUCCUCACUGGAAUUUGAUUACUAUAACUCUGUCCUGAUUAAUGAGAAGGAUGAAAAUGACAAUUAUGUUGAGCUUGGAGACGAAUUCAUUUUGGAGCCAAACGAACAUUUCAAUAACCUAUUGGUGAACACAACAUACAGUGAUAUCCAGCUCCCCACCAAUGUCUACAAUAAAGCCCCUGACAUCCUGAAUGGAGUUUACAUGUCAGAAGCCUUGAAUCCUAUUUUUGUGGACAACUUUGAAAGGGAUCCCACACUGACCUGGCAGUACUUUGGCAGUUCCACUGGAUUCUUCAGGCUCUACCCAGGAAUAAAAUGGUUACCAGAUGAGAAUGGAGUCAUCUCCUUCGACUGCAGGAAUCGUGGCUGGUACAUCCAAGCAGCCACCUCUCCCAAGGACAUUGUCAUCAUUGUGGAUGUCAGCGGGAGCAUGAAGGGCCUGCGGAUGACCAUUGCCAAGCACACCAUCACCACCAUUUUAGAUACUCUAGGAGAAAAUGACUUUGUCAAUAUCAUUGCUUACAAUGAUUAUGUUCAUUUUAUAGAACCCUGUUUUAAGGGUAUCCUGGUCCAAGCAGACAGAGAUAACAGAGAGCACUUCAAGCAGCUGGUGGAUGAACUGCAGGCAAAAGGAGUGGGGACUGUGAACAAGGCUUUGACAGAGUCCUUCAAAAUCCUGAGGGAGUUCAGAGACGCCGGCCAAGGAGGCUUGUGUAACCAAGCUAUCAUGCUGAUCACAGAUGGAGCAGUGGAGGAUUACGAAGCUGUGUUUGAAAAAUACAACUGGCCAGAUCGGAAGGUUCGGGUUUUCACUUACCUCAUUGGACGGGAGGUCACUUUUGCCCCGAACGUGAAAUGGAUCGCCUGCAACAAUAAAGGCUACUACACUCAGAUAUCCACGCUGGCAGAUGUCCAGGAGAAUGUGAUGGAGUACCUGCAUGUGCUCAGCCGUCCCAUGGUCAUCAACCACGACCAUGACAUUAUUUGGACUGAAGCCUACAUGGACAGCGCGCUGCCACAAGGAGAGAAAGUGCUGGAUGCUCAAAGUCUGUUGCUCAUGACAACAGUGGCUAUGCCAGUCUUCAGCAAAAAGAACGAGACGCGUUCUCAUGGCAUUCUGCUGGGUGUGGUGGGCUCUGAUGUGCCACUGAGGGAGCUGUUAAAACUUGCUCCACGGUAUAAGCUGGGUGUCCAUGGAUAUGCCUUCCUGAACACCAACAACGGCUACAUCCUUUCACAUCCAGACCUCCGUCCUUUGUACAAAGAAGGGAAGAAACUGAAGCCGAAGCCUAACUACAACAGUGUAGAUCUCUCAGAAGUGGAAUGGGAAGACCAGGAUGAAAUACUGAGAACUGCCAUGAUCAAUGGGGAAACAGGCUACCUCUCUAUGGAUGUAAAGGUCCCUGUGGAUAAAGGGAAACGAGUUCUCUUCCUCACCAAUGAUUAUUUCUUCACGGACAUCAGUGGCACACCCUUCAGCCUGGGUGUUGUGCUGUCCAGGGGCCAUGGGGAGUACAUUCUGCUGGGGAACACUUCAGUGGAAGAAGGUUUGCACGACCUGCUCCAGCCAGACUUGUCUUUAGCGAAUGAAUGGAUUUACUGCAUCACUGACAUUGAUCCAGACCACCGCAAGCUCAACCAGCUGGAGGCUGUGAUCCGUUUCCUCACUGGAGAGGAGCCUGACCUAGAAUGUGAUGAGGAGUUGGUCCAGGAAGUGCUGUUUGAUGCAGUGGUCACUGCACCCAUGGAGGCCUACUGGACAACACUAGCCCUCAAUAUGUCCAUGGAGACUGAGGCAGGUGUUGAGAUGGCAUUUCUGGGCACUCGGGCUGGACUCAUGAGGAGUGCCCUAUAUGUGGGUUCUGAGAAAAUUUCCAACAG